UAAAAACCCGCCAACGCGCAGCGGGCAUCGGCCCAAGUCUCCCCCACAAGCAAGUUUUGGGGCUAAUCUUGGCUGAUGAAUGGUACGAGUUCCUCGGUUCAUCUACUGGAGCGAGAAUGUCACUACCAACCUUGGCUUCACCCCACAAAGUCGUAGAUAUAAAGGACUGUGGAGUCGUCAAACGAAACACAACCAUCACCGACAAGCAACUCGUCAACAUUGGCUUCAUUGAACGCAGGCCAAAAUGUCAAAGCAAGCUACCGAAGAAACUCACAUCCCCGACGCCGACGCCAAUGACUUCCAAGGUCUCGUCCUCGCCGAUGUCAUCCCCCGCGAUCGCAAGCCAUGGUACUCCGACUGGACACUAUGGAAACUCAACCUCCUCCUCCUCAGCGGUCUUUUGACUCAAACUGCCACUGGUUUUGACGCCAGUAUGCUCAAUGGAGCGCAGUCGCUGCCUCAAUGGCAGGAAUAUUUCGGCGAACCAAAGGGAACGCGUCUUGGAGCUAUGACGUUUGGACCGAAUGGUGGUGUUCUCAUCUCGAUCCUUAUUUCGUCGCAGCUGUGUGAUUGGCUUGGACGAAGGAAGCCGAUUUUUAUUGGAUCGAUUACUAUUAUUGUUGGCGCCAUUGUUCAGACUUGUUCGUAUAAUUAUGGCAUGUUUGUUGCUUCUCGCUUCAUCAUUGGUUUCGGUCUCGGUAUUGUUUCCACUGCGGCGCCACCUCUUCUCUCUGAGGUUACAUACCCGACACAUCGUGGAAAGAUUGUAUCAUUCAUGAUGGUUUCGUGGCCACUUGGUGCUAUCAUUGCUGCUUGGGUUACAUACGGCAGCUUCCAGAUGACGAGCUCUUGGGCGUGGCGUCUUCCCAGUCUUCUUCAAGGCCUCUUCUCAGUUAUUCAGGCCUCAUUGGUCAUGUUUGCACCCGAGUCCCCUCGAUGGUUGAUCUACAAGGGUCGAUACCAGGAGGCUAUGGAUAUUCUGGUUAAGUGGCAUGGUUACGGAGACCCCAACUCUCGACUUGCACGCUUCGAAAUGGCUGAGAUUACAGCGACGCUUGAGAUCGAGAAGGUCCAGAAGAAGUCGCGCUGGGCUGAAUGGAUUUCUAGUCGAGGCAACUGGCACCGUUUCUUCCUUGCCCUCUACAUCCCCGCCAUGUUGCAGUGGUCCGGCAAUGCUCUCACCUCUUACUAUCUCGCCAAGGUCCUCAACUCGAUCAACAUCACCGACCACAAGACCCAGCUUCUUCUUAACGCCGGUCUGCAAAUCUGGGGUUUCCUCUCCGCUGUUGUUUUCGCCACCAUGAUUGACAAGUUCGGCCGACGUAGACUCUUCCUCGUCGGUAUGUCGGGCAUGGGUAUCUCAUAUAUCAUCUGGACCAUCUGCUCUGCCCGCAACCAACAAGAGAACUUUGAGCACAUGGGCUACGCAGGUGCAGUCUUGGCUAUGAUCUUUGUCUUCUCAUUUUGGUAUCACGCUUGUUCUCCCAUUGGAGCUACAUACAUCAUGGAGGUCACUCCAUACUCGCUACGUGCAAAGGCAUCUAUGCUGUACCAGCUUACGGGUAACUUGGCUGGUGUGUACAACGCCUUCGCUAACCCCGUUGCGAUGGAAGCUAUUGCUUGGAAGUACUACAUCGUCUGGUGUGUCGCUAUCGCGGUUCACUUGACCUUGAUCUACUUCUUCUUCCCUGAGACCAAGGGUUAUUCUCUUGAGGAGGUGGCGGAGAUCUUUGAUGGACCUGACGCUCCUGUCGGUGCGAAUGCGAUUGGACAGAAGAAGAUGGAUGAUAUGGCGAUGCACUAAAGUGUGAGAAGCAGGAUGACUACAGUGUUGCACGAGUGAGAUGAGGUAGAAAGGAAAUGAAUUGAGUAUUAACGAAGCUACUGUACAUAGCCCUAUGACUACUGUCGGCACAUUGAAUAUGAAAUGACAUCGAUAUUACCCAAAGACUUCCCCAAUAGUUAUACAACAAAAGAAAGAGUUCCA